UCCUGUUUCCCUACUUCUACUACUACUGCACCACUUCUUUGUUUCCACUCUCAGUCACACUGCACAAAAACUGUGACUAUUUCAAGUGAAAUAACAGAGAGAUUUACAAUAAAAACAACUGGCGAUCAUAAAUGUUUCUCCAAACGAAAUCAUGAGCUUUUUCUGCUGUACAAUUUCACGGAUUCUCCAUCACUACACUGCAUAGGUACAAUCCAACUACGACUGGCAAAGUACCACUGUUCGUUGUUAUCCACACUCUUUUAUCUUGCAACAUUAAGUUUUUAGAUUUUCACUGAAUUAAUAUUGCCGUUAUUUACUUUAUCUGAAAUUGAAACCAUUAAGUGAUGGAGCUUGAUAAGGUGACAAUGGAGAUUUUCUCCAAGCUAGAGCAGAAAUGGCUGUACCAAUACGAAGGGAAGAAAACGCGUAUUCUCAGCAUUGACGGUGGUGGAACUAACGGCAUUGUUUGUGGUGCCUCUUUGAUUCAUCUCGAAGAUCAGAUCCGUGUGAAAACCGGUGAUUCUCAAGCUCGAAUUUCGGACUUCUUCGACAUUAUCGCCGGUACCGGUAUAGGUGCUAUUUUCGCUGCAAUGCUUGUCGCUGACGGAGGUGAUGGUCGUCCGUUAUUCACAGCUAAGGAUGCUGUUAAAUUCGUAACGGUAAACCAGUCGCGGCUGUUUAAGGUGAAGAACGUCGGCGUUUUCCCCCGGAAAAGGAGGUUUUCAGGGAAGAGUAUGGAUAAAGUGUUGAAGGAAGCUUUCAGAAGAGAGGACGGGAAAAUGUUGACGUUAAGGGACACGUGUAAGCCUAUACUUGUUCCUUGCUUUGACCUCAAAAGCUCAGCUCCAUUCGUUUUCUCCCGAGCUGAUGCGACGGAGUCUCAGAGCUUCGAUUUCGAGCUCUGGAAAGUUUGCCGUGCCACAUCAGCUAAUCCGUCAAUGUUUAAACCGUUUCAGUUAAAUUCCGUCGACGAGAAAACCUCUUGCUUCGCCGUAGACGGCGGUCUCGUCAUGAACAAUCCCGCCGCCGCGGCCGUCACUCAUGUUUUGCACAAUAAACGAGAUUUUCCUUCCGUGAUAAGCGUUGAUGACCUUUUGGUUCUCUCUCUAGGUAACGGUCCGUUAAGUCAUUCGUCUAACUUGAAAUUCCGUAACGACGGUUAUUUCUCUCCCUCUUCCGUCGUCGGUAUCUUUGUCGACGGCGUAUCUGAAACUGUUGACCAAAUUCUCGGCAAUGCCUUUUGCUGGAAUCCAAAUGACUACGUGAGAAUUCAGGCUAAUGGCUACACAAGUGGAGGAGUGGGACCGAGAGAGGAGGAGGUGUUAGAGGAAAGAGGAGUUGAGUCGUUGCCUUUUGGCGGUAAACGGUUAUUGACGGAGACUAACGGACAAAGAAUCGGAAGCUUCGUACAACGGCUUGUUGCAUCUGGGAAGGGUAGUUUGCCGCCAAGUCCUUGCAAAGAAACUGCCGUCAAUCCCCUUACAAACGGACGUUAAGUCAAUUUCGUUGUCUUUUUUCUUUUCCUUUUUAAUUCACUUUUGUCCGUUCUGUUAAUUAGUGCUAGACUCGAGAUUAGUUUUCUUGGUAUAACCGUUGUCGUAUUACGCCUUAAUCUUGUUGAUGCUGCCGCAUUAAAUAAUACUCCACUACCUUAA